CGUCCCACUCACACACACACACACUCACACACACACUCUCAGUGUCAGAGCGCAGCGUUGACAGCCACUGGCCACUCUUCAGCCCAUUCUGUCGGGGUUGUGUCUCCAUGUUGAGAAAGAAGCUCUGACUCUCGCAUUUUCAUUUUAUUUGCAAAAGAAAAAAAAAGUAAGAAAAGACGCGCGCAGCUCCAAACCACCAGCCCGUCCACGGCAUACAAAAAGCACAAAGAAAACUCAAGUGAUUUUAGUUUCUUUCUAGACUCAUCCCUGUCUCACAGCUCUCUGCACAAUGUCUGGAGAAGACGCACCUGUCCAGCAGCAAAACGCCGUGGACCAGAAGCAGGAAACCAAACCUGCCGAGGAACCCAAAGCCGAGCCACCCAAGACCGAGUCCCCUCCCGCCGCCGCAGCCGCCGAGGCCGAGGCGACCACGGAGAAGGUCCCCGAAGAGGAGGCGUUCACCUACCGCGCUCUGGUUCUCACAGGGUACGGAGGCUAUGACAAAGUCAAGCUGCAGGUGAAGAAAGGCAAGCCGGCGCUCAAGGCUGGAGAAGUCCUGGUCCGGGUCAAGGCGUGCGGGCUCAACUUCGCUGACCUGAUGGCCAGGCAGGGGCUGUACGACCGGCUGCCGUCCCCGCCGGUCACCCCGGGGAUGGAGUGCUCCGGGGUGGUGGAGGCAGUGGGAGAAGAAGUGACAGACAGAAAAGUGGGAGACAAGGUGAUGGUUCUGAGCCGCUUCGGGCUGUGGCAGGAGGUGGCGGUGGUACCUGCCAACCACACCUUCCUCAUCCCUGAGGGCAUGAGCUUCGAGGAGGCAGCGGCUCUUCCUGUCAACUACAUCACCGCUUACAUGAUGCUGUUUGACUUUGGCAACUUGCGACCCAACCAGAGCAUCCUCAUCCAUGCCGCUGCAGGCGGUGUGGGUACUGCAGCCACCCAGCUGUGCAAGACAGUGAAGGAUGUGACUGUGUUUGGUACAGCAUCAGCCAGCAAACAUGAGACCAUCACCCAGGGCGGUGUCACACAUCCCAUCGACUAUCGCACCAAGGACUACGUGGACGAAGUUCGCAAGAUCAGCCCCAAAGGACUGGACAUUAUCCUGGACCCUCUCGGCGGAUCAGACACCCAUAAGGCCUACAACCUGCUGAAGCCCAUGGGUAAAUUAAUCACUUACGGUGCGGCUAACAUGCUGGCAGGCCAGAAGAAGAACCUGAUCGCAGUGGCCAAGAAUUGGUACCACCAGUUCUCCAUCCACACGCUCAGCUUAAUCCAGGGGAACAAGUCGGUGUGCGGUUUCCACUUGGGCUAUUUGGAGGGGGAGACGGAGCUGAUCACCGAGGCCAUGAACUCCAUUCUGGAUCUGUACAAGCAGGACAAGAUCAAGCCUCGUAUCGACUCCACUUGGCAUCUGGAACAGGUGGGUGAUGCCAUGAGGAAGAUGCAGGAGAGGAACAACAUUGGCAAGGUCAUCCUCACCACGGAGCCGAUGCCCGAAGAAGAGAAGAAGGAGGAGCCCAAGAAGGAGGACAAGAAAGACGACAAGAAGAAAGACGACAAGAAGAAGGACGACAAGAAGAAGGACGAUGCCAAGAAGGAGGAGAAGAAGGAUGACAAGAAGAAGGAGGAGCCCAAGAAGGAGGAGAAGAAAGAGGAAGAGAAGGAGGAGCCCAAGAAGGAGGAGAAGUGAGCGACAGGGAGGGAGGGAUAGUCAAGCAGACCAGCAGGGAGUUUGUGUCCUGGGAGCAGGGUAUAUGGUGUGGGGUGGUG